CUCGCCGCCAGUUGAGUGUUGGCAGCCGGUGAAGGUGUGUGUGUGGAGGUGCCGCGGCGAUGGCGUCCUACGAAGAGGUUGGGAUUGGGGACGCUGUGCUCCUCGAUGAGAUAUCCGUGCAGGCGUUUGUGAACAAUUUACAAGUCAGGUACAAUGGCGGGAAGAUUUACACGUACAUCGGCGAGGUGUGUGUGUCUGUCAACCCGUACAGGACACACAACAUCUACGGCAAGGAGUUCGUCAGCCAGUAUAAAGGCCGCGAGAUCUUCGAGCGGCCGCCGCACAUCUUCGCCAUCGCCGACGCCGCGUACAAGGCCAUGAAGAGGCGAGGCAAGGACACCUGCAUCGUCAUCUCCGGCGAGUCCGGCUCUGGCAAGACCGAGGCGUCCAAGAUCAUCAUGAGAUACAUCGCCGCCGUCACCAACGUGGCCGGCCAGCAGGAGGUGGAGAGGGUCAAGAACAUCCUCCUUCAAUCUAAUGCCAUCCUCGAGGCCUUCGGUAAUGCCAAGACCAACAGAAACGACAAUUCUUCACGUUUUGGGAAGUACAUGGACAUUAACUUCGACUUCAAGGGGGACCCUAUUGGAGGCCACGUCCAAAACUACCUCUUGGAGAAGUCUCGAGUCAUCCUCCAGCAGCAGGGGGAGAGGAACUUCCACUCAUUCUAUCAGGUGCUCUUCGGUGCAACAGACUCCGAAUUGUCACGACUGAAGUUGAAACGUAAUGUCAGUACCUACCACUUCAUCCGUCAAGGAGGCACUCCCAGGGUGGACUCUAUAGCAGACAAGAGUGACUACAAGGCUGUCCAGUCUGCUUUCAAGACACUUGGCUUCACAACAGACCAAGUGGAUGCCAUCUGGAGGAUUGUUGCGGCCAUCCUGCACAUGGGUAACAUUGAGUUCAGUUCUGGUGGGGACGAGACACAAAUUCAGAACCCUCAAGAGGUGAAGAACAUCGCAGAGCUGCUGAGGGUGUCACCAGAGGAGGUGAAGAAGGCCCUCUGCCACCGAGUGAUUGCCGUGCGUGGGGAGGUCAUGGAGAAACGACACACUGACAGUGAGGCAAGCUUUGGCCGAGACGCCUUUGCCAAGGCCAUCUACGAGCGACUCUUCUCUUUCAUCGUGGAAGGGGUGAACAAUGCCAUAGAAGUCCGCUAUGAAGGUGCUGCUGCCCGCUACAAGUACAACACUGUCAUAGGUGUCCUUGACAUUUAUGGUUUUGAAAUAUUUGAAAAGAACAGCUUUGAACAGUUCUGUAUCAACUACUGUAAUGAGAAACUGCAGCAGCUUUUCAUUGAGCUGGUGCUGAAGCAGGAGCAGGAGGAGUACAAAAGGGAGGGCAUUGAGUGGCAGAACAUUGAGUACUUCAACAACCAGAUCAUCUGUGACCUGGUGGAGCAGCAGCACAAGGGAAUCAUCGCCAUCACCGACGAGGCGUGUCUCAACGUGGGCAAAGUCACUGAUGAGAUGUUGCUGGAGGCCAUGGAAAAGAAACUGAAGGACCACAAACACUUCACCACGCGCAAACUCUCCCCCAUGGACAAGGAGCUCAAGCAUGUGGAGGAAUUCCGCGUCAAGCACUAUGCAGGUGAUGUGGUGUACAACAUCAAAGGUUUCCUAGAGAAGAACAAGGACACGCUUUUCCAGGACUUCAAGCGCCUGAUGUACAGCUCCUCCGACACAGUUAUUUCCAACAUGUGGCCGGAGGGAGCCCAAGACAUCACCAUGACAACAAAACGCCCCCAGACUGCUGGAACACUCUUCAAGAACUCAAUGAUUGCAUUAGUCAAAAACCUGGCCUGCAAGGAGCCUUACUACAUCCGCUGCAUCAAACCCAACGAACAGAAGUCCCCUGUCAUCUUCGACCAGGAGCGGGUCAUUCACCAGGUCAACUAUCUUGGUCUUGUGGAGAACCUGCGUGUGAGGAGAGCUGGCUUUGCAUACAGGCAGAGCUACGACCGCUUCUUGAGGAGGUACAAGAUGAUCUCUCAGUACACUUGGCCAAACUUCCAUGGAGGAACAGAUCAUGAGGGAACAAAGAUCCUGGUAGAGGAGCAAGGCUUCACUGGUGAUGUCAAGUAUGGCAAAACCAAGAUCUUUGUGCGCUCCCCACAGACACUCUUUGCCCUGGAACAGGCAAGGGCAAAGUUGAUCCCUGGCAUUGUGAUCUUCUUGCAAAAAAUGUGGCGAGGUGCCGUGUGUCGGCUGAACUACCGGCGCAUGGUGGCGGCCAUCAAGAUCCUGCGGCAUUACCGCCUCUACAAGAUGAGGACCUACAUGCUGGAGCUGAACAGAGUCUUCAGGAACGUGAAGCAGAUGCCAGAUUAUGGAAAGCAUGUGCGCUGGCCGGCACCGCCCCUUGUGCUGCGGUCCAUGGUGUCAGACUUCCAGAGCAUCCAUAGCCGCUGGCGCGCCCACAUGAUCCUCUCCAAUGUGCCCAAGUCAGACUGGCCUCAGCUGCGAAUCAAGGUGAUCGCUGGGGAUGCUCUGAUGGGCAAGCGAGCAGACUGGGGAGUGAGGGAGAGCUGGGAAGGAAACUACCUGGCCUCAAGCAAGGAGAACCCAGAGUGUGCCCAGUUCCAGUCAUCCCUGAGGAACAUGCGUAACAAGGAUGCCUUCAGGGAGGUGCUCUUCUCAAGCUUGGUGCGCAAAAUCAACAAGAAUGACAAGAUGGCUGAACGAGGCCUGGUGGUGACAGACAAACACAUCUACAAGCUGCACAGCAAGACCUUCAAGCCUCUCAGGUCUGCCAUUCCCAUUGUUGAGGUGACUGGGAUCAGUGUGAGCCCUGGACAAGACCAGCUGGUGAUAAUCCAUCUGAGGGGCGGCAAUGACUUGGUUGUGUCCUUGACGUCCCAGAACAAUGCCAACAGAGUAGGGGAGCUGACAGGCCUGCUGCUGCGCCAGUACCAGAUCCUGAACCGAAGUGACCUGCGUGUGGUUGUGGCACCCGCACUACAGUGCAUGCUUGGCAACAAGAGCAAGAUGAUCACAGUUGAACAGACUGACAUUGGCUCCUUCCCCGUGUUCAGACGGGGAUCGAAAAAAGAAAUGGUGUACUCCUGGCCAUCCUCCUUCAACAAGGAACUUCCUCCUCCCUCAACCACCUCCACCAUGAAUAGACCAGCCCACCCCCGCCAGGCACCUCCCCCUCCCUCACGCUCCCCGAUGAAUGGACACCACAGGAACUCUAACGGACAUCAGACCCACAACUACAGCAAUGUUCCUCCCACCAGCAAGAUCAAUGGGCAGUCACACUCAAACAGCCACCUUCACAGGAAUGAGAAUGGCAGCAGGCUGUAUGCCAACACUGGGGGGUACUAGGCAUUCACUGGAUGUUGUGGUUGGGUGGGGCAUAAGAAGUCAUUGGGUGGUGUGUGUGCGUGAGUGAAAGUGUGUGUGUGUGUGUGUGUACACUAUAGUCUAUCGAUUUUAACUUGAGCCCUUGGGGGCGAGUCAGGGAUUCUCUACGAGACCGUACUGGUGCCACAUCCCUCCAUUACUCUCCUCAGAGAGGGUUGCUACCUCUCUCUUGCAUGGCUAUUCAGGGCACGAGAGCGAGAUCUACUUGAGUUGUCCAUUGUGUGAGUCUUGCCCAAGGGCUCAAGUUAAAAUUGAUAGACUAUAUAGUGUCCUUUGGGAUUGAUGGCACCUGCAUUUGUUAAGUUCUAAAACACAUAUAUAUUUACUUCUUCCCCUUUCACUCAUCAUUCCUUUGUGCAAUUCACUGCAACUUGUAAAAUCAUACAUAUAAGUAAUUUUCAUUGCAGUUUCAUAUACCUUAGGGACCAAGGUUUUAAAAAAAAUAUUUAUUUAAGCUUUUGUGAAAGACCCUAUUUUUUACAUUUCUAUGUAAAUUGUUGGCAUUUGCUGAACUUUUUGGCUCACUUAUUUAAAUAAGUUUUUAUACUUGCCUUUAUAAUGCAUUUGUAAAGUUUUGAGACAUUAGGACAGCUCAAUACUUGAGAAUUAAUUACCCUUUAAUAUGUUAAAAGUGUUACUAGUUUAUAUAUGCUGUUCAUUUAGUUUGUUAUAUCCUAUAUAACAAACUUGUUCCUUGUACUGUGCUGGGUAAGUGGAUGACAGUAGUAGCUGACUGAUUCUAAAAGUACAACUGAGAUGCAUCAGGAUAAUUAUGAUUGAUUGCCUGUCCACAAGAAGACUAUAUAUAUGAGGGGGGUAAGGGGGGUAGCUAAGAUAAUGAUUGCAUUGCCUGAUUAUUAGAAGUCAGCAUAAUUGUAUUUGAAUGAUAGUUGGAAACUCUUCUGCCGUGGCCAUCCCCUGGUGGGAGCUCCUAGGAGCAGGCGUCGAUGAUGAUGAUAAUACUGUACAGUACGAUGAGCUUAUUUGGACUGGCCAAUCCAGGUCAACCGGGAUAUGUCUCAAUAGUGUCAGAGUCUAGAUAUGAAAUAGUUCCAUGGGUCCAAUAGACUCUCCACAGCUGAACUGUGUGUGUGGCUCAUGCUGGUCACCCCUUCAAAACACCCUAAGCAUUCAAACUUCCCCAAUUGUGCUAACCAUGUGGAAGAGACAGCAGCAUGUGCAGGGUACCUAGUGGGGUGAUGCUAACAAAAGAAGGCAGUUGGGUAGGGGAACUAGAAGACACCUAGUAAAAAAUAUUCAAUGUGCAUUUGAUGUCCAAAGUAAAAGUA